GGGUGAUUUCAUCAAGGAACAGGACAAAGAGAGAAGGCACUUCCUAUGUGUUGUACAUGUCUACGUAUCUUAUUUCGGUUCAAGAUCAUCAGAGUGUCAGAUGUCAGUAAGCGAGGAUAUGGAGAAUACAGACCUGCUUGGUCUAAUCUUCCCAGAUGAAGACCCAGGAUCCGGCGAUCUGUUCCUCACAGAGGGGAGUAACUUGCUGGAGGAUUUGCUUUCAGAGCAAGAUAUGCUGAGUGGAAUGGAUACAGAGGACUUUCUCAGCAGUCUUCUGGGAGAGGAAGAGGACGGCCUGACUAUCAACUGCUUGUCUCAGUCUCCUCACGGCAGCGACAGCGGCAUCUCUGAGGACACCCCCCCUCCACACGAUAGCAGCGAGACAGACACCGUCCCCAGUCCAGUCUUCGAGCCUGUCAUUAUAAUCAAAACAUGUUUUUUCUUCUGCCUUCCAGGAAUGUCUCGAGCCCUGCGGUCUUAUCCAGCUAUACUGAAAGACGACAUUAUAUCCACGUCUGCUAAAGAAGUGCCAGAGCAGGAUGUCCUCCUCAUGGCCACUGUAGAGAAUAACCAGGUGCUGCUGUCCGGUGCUCAGAACCACACACCUGACUACCAGCGGGUCGAGCAGUCUGACUCUGAGUCUGGGGUCAACAGCAACUCCUCCGCUGACUUCCCCAGUCCUGCCCAGUCAGAUCUCAAAGCGGACGCAUCUCUCUCAGAGUCCCACAGGAACUCAGCAGCGUCUCCGGUGAUGUACGACGGCCAGAGCAAAACCAAGGAGAGCUGGAUGGAGCAGAAACCCACUUCAGUUAUAAUACAACAGCACCGAUCUGAUGAAAUGUAGGAGAGCAUCUAAAACAAAACUUGCUUUGUUUUAGAUGAAAGAUUCAGUAUAGCCAUUUUCUCUUCAUUGUAGCAUCCCAGCCUGACCCCUUUUUCCUUAAUUUUUUUAUUUUUUACAUGAAUCUACUGUCAUGCUAUAAUACCACUUUUUUAUACCCAGCCAUUUCUUAGGACAUUAUUGUUCUAUUCAUCUGCGCACAAAUUAUGAUUCUUUUUCAAUGGAAACGUGAAGGAGUCGUG